AAUUUUCAAGCUUCGUUCGUAACCGCACCAGCCAGCCAGCGGCACGUAUCAGUUCAGUAGUCCAGUCUUCGCGAGCCAAGCGGGAGGUAUAUCACACCUAGCUAGUGUAGUUGUUCGUACGAAGCGUAACAACGCUUCGUCACUUGUGUGCAUCGAGCUAGUCCUAGCCUAGCUAUCUACCACGACGUCACCCAAUUGUCCCCAAUGGAACACUCGAAGGGGGAUUUGGGAGACGUCUCCUUGUAGGUGCUGAGCUGAUACAAACUCAUAGAGAUAGUCGUAGAUUGGAUCUUUGUUGAACGGUCGUCUGUCGGUGGCUGGAGAGUAUCACUAGGUUGCAACGUGCUCACCUCGCGCACUGUGCUGCAAAGUGGACUCAACCGGGCUAGACAGUCAGUGUGCUACGCGUAAUUUUUGUGAUAGUACUUCGUCACUCUUUCAUUGAAGCGCGCGGUGAUAAUGUUUUACGGUUAUAAACACACGAAGCUCAGCUCCACACAUCAGACUUCAUAGUGUUCAUUAUAAUAUAAGAAGGCGGGACUAAUCAAAUGUUCUCUUCACUUGUUAUCAGCAAGGCAGCGCGAAGAGAGUCAUCCCGACUGAGUUGUGGCGAAUUGUAGCAAUUUGUGAGUGAAUGGUGAAACGACCGGUUGAUUCCGAUGGUCGACCGUGAUUUUGCCGAGGCUGUGAUGUGGAAAUGUGAUUGAGCGGUUGCGAUUUUUUGUUGUUCUGUGAAAUUAGUUCACCGCUGUAGGAAGCAGCGUUUGAUGCUACCGUGGGUUCUUCGGGUAUAGUGCUCUAGUAGAUAGGAAACAGUGAAUUUUCCCCGAAAAGAAAAUGGAUGUAGUGUAUACUUCGGAUAGCUGCGACAGCGACUCCCGCGAGCAGAAGACGGCCGAUUUCGGGCAUGCCAACAAGCGCCAUCUGGACGAAGAUCUGCUGCGAAUGUGCAAAACCAAGAAAUUGGCCGAAGACAUCGAUACGUUGCUGCUGAACCAUAACAACCUGUCGGUCGUGCCUGCCACCAUCGGUGAAUUUGCCAAUCUACGCGUGUUGGACCUGAGCAACAAUAGCCUCCGGCAGAUACCGGACGAGAUAACGCAGCAGUGUCAGCUGACGACGCUGAUUGCCAAGAACAAUCUGCUUGACGACAAUUCGUUGCCCAAAACGCUGCUGUCGGCCCAUGGCGGAGGCCUGAAGGAGCUCAACCUGAGCGGAAACCGGUUCACGCAGUUUCCCGAACAGGUGACCGAGCUCCGGUCGCUCAAGUAUCUCUACCUUGGCGGUAAUCAGAUCACCAACGUUUCCAAGGACAUCUGGAAGUUGCACGGCCUGCAGCUCCUCUCGCUCGGCGGGAACUUCAUCACGGAGAUCCCGGACACCGUCGGGCUGCUCAAUAAUCUCCACGCUCUUGUACUCUGUGAUAACCUGAUCGAGGCGCUGCCGAGCUCGAUCGCCCGUCUGGUGCAUCUCAAGUCGCUGCUGCUGCACAAGAACCGCCUGAAGCAUCUGCCGCGCGAAAUCAUCACGCUGAAAAACCUCACCGAGCUCAGUUUGCGAGACAACCCGCUGGUCGUGCGUUUCGUCAAGGAUAUGACCCUUAAUCCGCCCACCCUGCUGGAACUGGCUGCCCGUUCGGUGAAAGUGGCCGCCCUGCCGUACGGUCCCGAGGAUCUGCCGCGGACACUCAUCGACUACCUGCAAACGGCCAACUGCUGUGUUAAUCCCAACUGCAAAGGAGUAUUCUUCGACAAUCGAGUGGAGCACAUCAAAUUUGUCGACUUUUGUGGAAAGUAUCGCAUUCCCCUGUUGCAGUAUUUGUGCUCCUCGAAGUGCAUCAGCGAUACUAAAACGGCGGAUGUUUACGGCGAGCCCAGCAGCAGCAUGAUGCGGAAAGUUUUGCUCGGGUGAUUACUAUUUGGUCGGUUGGGAAACGAAGCCACGCAACGACGUUGUUGUCUUCGGGUACAUUUAUUGAUGGUAUCCGCUGUUAUCCGUUCUAGUAAAACAUAUGUCGAAGAGAAAUUUCAAUAUUGUAGAACAAUAUUUCAAACAAUUAACCUAUUUACAACAAAGUCUCAAUCAUAUCGAGCAAUCUUUGAUAGUCACGUUCACGUAUAUACCUACAUCAUGAACGACUCCUAUACGUUUUAAUUUUCUAUGUUGUGAUUUGCUCAUAGAGCAUUCGAAUUUGUGUACGAUUUAAACACUACCAAUGGGAAGUGACAGAGAGAAAAAAUACAUUGUUGAAUUACUGAACAAAUCAGGUCAUUUGCAAAAUGA